AAUGUUUAUUGGAGGCCUCAGCUGGGACACCAGCAAGAAGGACUUGACAGAGUAUCUCUCUCGGUUUGGUGAAGUUGUGGAUUGUACAAUUAAAACAGACCCCGUCACCGGGAGGUCGAGAGGGUUUGGGUUUGUGCUCUUCAAGGAUGCUGCCAGCGUGGAGAAGGUGUUGGAACUGAAGGAACACAAAUUGGAUGGGAAGUUAAUAGAUCCUAAAAGGGCAAAAGCCCUGAAAGGGAAGGAGCCACCAAAAAAAGUGUUUGUUGGUGGGCUGAGUCCAGAUACAUCUGAGGAGCAGAUUAAGGAGUACUUUGGAGCUUUUGGAGAGAUUGAAAACAUUGAGCUUCCCAUGGACACAAAGACAAACGAAAGGAGGGGCUUCUGUUUUAUCACGUACACAGAUGAAGAGCCAGUAAAGAAGUUACUAGAAAGCAGAUACCAUCAAAUAGGUUCAGGCAAAUGUGAGAUCAAAGUAGCACAGCCCAAAGAGGUUUACCGGCAGCAGCAGCAGCAGCAGAAAGGAGGGAAGAGCAAUGCGGCUGGUGGACGAGGAGGUGGAAGGGGGCGUGGACGGGGUCAGGGACAAAACUGGAAUCAAGGAUUUAACAACUACUAUGAUCAAGGAUAUGGGAACUACAAUAGUGCUUACAGUGAUCAAAGCUACAGUGGCUAUGGAGGUUAUGACUACUCUGGGUACAACUACCCCAAUUACGGAUAUGGGCCGGGAUACACAGACUACAGUGGUCAACAAAGCACAUAUGGAAAGGCAUCCCGUGGUGGAGGCAAUCACCAAAAUAACUACCAGCCAUACUAAGGCAGUCCCUAGUCCUUGAGGAAACAGGUAGAGAUACCGCAACAAAGCCAUCUUGCAGCACAUCGUGAGUGAGUGGAGAGUGGUCUUCAUGAGAGGAAAUGACUAUUUUGUAAAAGACUUUUCAGUGUAUGACACAGCUGUGUCCAACUGUAUAUAGCGGCCAACUAGUUUUCUUUUAUGGUUUUUACUUUCUGUUUUUGGGGUUUUUUUUGCCAUUCAUGUUAUGACACAACGUGGACUUGUGUUUAUACAAACUUUUAUUUGUAUAAUUUCAUGUUAAAGGAUUCUCUAAUAAAUGCUUACUUAAGUGAAUGU